AUGCUGGUGUUAAGGACUUGCUGGGGCGAGCCUUAUCAUCCCAAACUUGCGAGGGGAAAACAGGCAGCGCCCAGCAGGGCGCACCUCACUUGGAAUUGCGAUGUCUUGACGCCUGUUUCCGUACUGGGACAACUGCCACGCACCAGAGCAGGCGAGAGACUGUUCGCUGCUGAGGUCCCGGAGUUUCCACCGGCCGUUGGUGGGGACCCCUGGAGAGAUGCGGCGGCCGCCCUUGCACGCCGACUGGAUGAUGUCACCCUUUCGGCCCCCGAGAAUGGUUGUGGCGAUGUCCUCCUCGCGACUGAUGGCUCUAGCAAGCAUCAGGUGGGCUCGGCGGCGGUGGUGCAUGGUGAUGCUCACUUCGUUGCCACUGACAACAAUGAGGACCAGAUGCCUUUCACUUGCGAACUCAAAGCCCUGCGACUCGUAUCGGCUGCCCUCCUUCAGGUGACUGUCAUCGCUGGGCGCCGCUUCUGUGUGCUGUCAGACUGCCAAGGGGCCCUUGAUGCUCUUGAGAACCCUCUUCAGUGUGCACUGCCCCUGCUUGCUGCAGAAGUCUCGCGAAAUCUCCAGUCCGCCAGGGCCCUGGGCCACCAAGUUGACCUUGCUUGGAUACCCUCGCAUGGCAAACAACAGAGUUGGAAGCCUCCGGCAAGCUGGACUUUCUCGGUUGCAAUGUGCCGCGCCUUAAAUGAUCAAGCGGACAGGGCGGCUGAAACCGCUCGUGAAGCACAUGCUGCCAGGUGUUCGAGGGUCCAGUGGUGGUCCCAGUGGCAGGCUGCAAAAGAAUGGGAGAUGGCUGCCAUCAAGCACUCGGCUGCUGCAGCAGGUGCUUUGGAUGCCCAUUAUCGCCGGGCCAUGCAACCGGCCGAUGAUAACCAAGAUGGUGUAGGAUAG